UAAAGUUCAACUGUUGUUUGAUGUUGUUGCCGGUGUUCAUUUCUUUCUCAACGUUGUAGUGUCGUUGAUAAUUUUAAUGUCUCUAAAGAACUGAAAGUCAAAGACAUGGCUACAGUAGAAGAACUCUAUAAAGCUUUUGGUGUUAUUGCGGAUGCAAAGGAUAAAGCAGGAGAGCAUGAAGCGGAAUUCAGAUCAUUUCUGAAGGCAGCUAAGGGCAGUGUGAAUGAGAAAAGACUAGCGUCACAAUUCAUCUGCAGGUUCUUUAAACAUUUCCCAAAUGUUCAAGAAGAAGCGAUUAAUGUAUUGUUCGAACUGUGUGAGGAUUCUGAUCCCAAUAUAAGGAAGCAGACAGUGAAAGAUGUCCCCGCACUGUGUCGAAACUGUCCGGACAAAGUAACCAGGUUUGCAGAUGCUCUGUCCAUGCUGUUGGCAACAGAUGAUGCACAAGAAAUCUCAGGCAUCCAGUCUUCCCUCUACAGCCUCUUCUCUAUCGACAUCAAAGCUGCUCUGGAGGGGAUCUUCACUCGUCUUCUGCAAGCCUCAGAUGAGGAAGAAGCUGCAGAAGAUGUGAUGGGUCUGAUCAGGGAGCGAUUGUUGAAGUUCCUGGUGGCCAAGCUCAAGCUCUACGGAGACCUGGAGAAGGAUGUGGAGGAUUAUAUCAUGUUGCAAUGUAAAAAGUUAUUGGAAGAUGUGACAAAGGAUGAGUUCAUCGCUGUCAUGGACCUUCUGCGUAGCCUCAAGACUAUGGCCACAGUCCAGUCCAGACAGCAACUUGUGGAGAUGGUCAUUGAUCAGGCUGCUCUUGAUGAACCGUUUGAGGCCUCAGAUCCUGACUGUGUGGACAGACUUCUGCACUGCGUAAAGUCUGCGUCUCCUAUGUUCUCGAAAAAUGUGCACUCAAAACAGUUUGUGACCUACAUGUGUGACAACGUGAUUCCAGCCCUGAAGAGUUUAGCCAGUCCUGACGAGGAGACAAACAUUCAGUUGGAAGUUCUCAAGACGUUUGCAGAAAUCUCAGAGUUUGCUGGGGAUCUGGACAAAAUUGAAGAGCGCGUCAACAUUGUGUUCACAGCACUAUUAGAGUACAUGCCCCUACCUCCAUCUGAGGAAAAAGAGGAGUCGGCGACGGAAGACCCUAAGUUGAACUUCUCUCAGGUGGAAUGCCUCAUGUUCGUCUUCCACCAGCUGGGCCGCAAGCAUCCCGGAUAUCUGGCAGAUGAAGCAAACGCAGAGAGGUUGAAAGAUUUUAGAGUCAGGCUUCAAUAUCUUGCGAGAGGAAGCCAGAUCUGCAUUAAGAGACUGAAGGAGGCUUUGGCAGGAAAGACCGGCGAUGCACUGAGGACCGAUGAGAACAAGAAGCGUAUAGUGGCCCUGAAGCUGUUCACCAACAUCACGGUUCUGGUGAAGGACUUGAUGCACAACCCACCAUCCUACAAGGUGGCUGUCACUCUCUCCUGGAGACCCACCAAGGAACUGAAAACUUCGGAUCCAUCUUCUGACAGUGCAGUGACUUCACCGACCGCUGGACAAAAGCGAAGUAUCACCCCAAUCACAUACGACAGCUCCAAUGGUAAAAAGGUCAACCCAAAGCAACCUCGUUCCCUGUACCAACCUCCCAGUGGCAAGUUCAGUGAGAAAGCAGGAUCCUACGACAACUACAGCUUCCGCGGGAAUCGAGGGGGCGGCUGGCGAGGAGGGUUCAGAGGUAGAGGGCGAGGCCGUGGCAACAGAGGGCGAGGAGCGAGCACAGGCUUCUAUCAGAACAGUUUGUGAGAGGAGAAAAGAUCAACACAAGACAUAACCAACUUAUUAUUUUUAUAACAGGAACAUCUGUACCCACCAGAUUUAAUGCUUUGAAAAGCUGAGAGUUGAAGGCCACUGUUGAUUAUUUAUGGAGCUUAUGUCUUCUGGUUGGUGAAAUUUUUUGUGAGAACCAUUACCAGCUGUUGUGAAAUACUUACUGGGACAUGAUGUUGAUGAGAGAUGGCAGGGCUAAUGGUACUGAAUUCCACGUUCAAAUGUUGUCGGUUGCAGCUGGUGUCGACGUGUGCUAAAUGAUUGUGUUCUUCUAUUUGCUUAACGAGCUGGUGGGUGUCGUUAGAGGUUCUGUGUAGAAGUCAGUCACGAAAUGAAGUGUUGGCAGGUUUUACCAAGUACUACAGCAGCAACACGGCUGGAAAAAAAAAAGUCUUAUUUCUUUGUUGUUUUGAAGAAAUUGUUGGAAGUCUUUACAAACAUUGUUUCUGUCAAAAUCAAUUUUUUUAAGAUUGUCACUCACCAGUGCUCUUCUUGGGGGUAUGUUUUGUUUGUCUCUCCCAUGAAAGCAGUAUCAUUUUACAGUCAUGAAGUCUUUAAAUGCUUGGUUCCUCCAUGUGACGGUUCUGUAGCUGUUUGAAAAGUGCAUAACCUUUGCAGUUUUGCGAAAGAAUUUGAGACCUCACAUGUUGAUAAAAACAACUCUCCAUCUUCAUAAUUAUGCCAAGUCUUAUUUUGAAUGUAAGAUCUCUUGUUCAAAAUGUUGACGAGAAAAUGUAUGUGUACUGCUUUAAAGUAUUUGGCCGAGUGGCAUCAUGUAAUUUGAUUACUUUCAGCCCUGCAGAAAUGUAGAGUGACUUCUACUGAUUUUUUUGUUGUUUUUUUUGUUUUGUGUUUUCGCUGUUUCCUGAAAUUGUGGACACAAUGAAAUUGUUGACAAAGUGUUUGUUCCUGGGCUUGAGAGUUUAGAAAAAUGUCCAAGAGGAAAGUAUAGAGUUGGGUUAGUAGGGGAAAGCCAUGGAUGGAGGCAGAAUACGGAUGUGGAGUCAUAGUUGGACUAAAGCUGGGACUGAUCGCCUAGGACGAUGUGGACAGCACGACGGCUUGCCCUGGCCUCUUGUGGCUCGUCCCCUGGUGUCCCCGCAGCCCGCUGUGUGUGUUUGUGCAACUGACAGGGCAGGUAAGGUGUCACUAUGCGCACAACCCAUUGAACUAAAUGUUGAUGUUCUGUCUUGUAAAAGAGCUGUCUUUUGUGUUGCAGUACUCACGCUGUUUCAGUCUUGCAAAGUAGUUUGGUUAAACCUUGUUUUGAAGCUUUCGUUUUGUCAAAUCUGGAAAUCUCCUCUUAUAAGCUUAAAAGACUUGAAGUGCUAGAAGUUGAAAAGACAUUUUGUUUUUUUACCAAAAUUUCUUAAGUCGGCGUGAGUUCUGCAAAUGAAUUAUUAUUAGAUACUAACGAGACAUUGAUGUCGGGUCUUUGGUGGAAAUUGCUGAACUGAAGAUGUCAGAGACAAGAACAUUGUCUGUUAUGUUCUUAACUGACAUAAAAAUGAAACACAUAAAAGCACUCACUGGCUAUCACAACCGUUGAUUCUUUUUAUAGAAGGUUUGGUUUACAGUACGAAACUUCGAACUAGUGUGAACAAGAAAUCUUCCGACUUUCACUGUGAGCAAUUUUCACUGACUACUUGCAGUGAUUAUAUUGUCGCCCUUGUGGUAAAACUGGCUGACCUACACAAUUUGUUUUUUUGAAUUUGACAAAUCAGUAGUGAACUAUCCAUUUCAUAUGCUCAAUCAAAAACAAGUCUGUAUUUUGUACAAGAAUUGCCCUGAAGCCAAACAACCUGCCAGCCACCAGAUUGCUGUGUGAUAAAAUCCAGAUAAGAUUUUUGCUUCUCGUGUGAAAUUUACUCCCCUGGGUUUAGCCAGUCUUAUUGAAAGGGCGGCGAUAUGAUUGUCUUUUACUUUUGCAGUGCAGCUGUUUUGGGCGUUAUGGUCGGACUUUGUUCCUCAGUUGUACAGAAAGAUCCUGGUUGGUGGAUACAUUUUCUUUCUUCUCUUGAACCUAGGAUGUGCAAGUCUGGUUUUGUUCCAUAUCCUCUUUGUAAUACUGGUUUAGACCAGUCUAGGUUCCACAAAGCAAAAGUAAAUUUUCUCUGUGGCAACAGUAGGACUUGAGAACGAUUUUGCCUAGGUAAAUGUUGAUUUUGCAGAUGAAAAACUUUCACUAGACACUUUUUUUUUUUUUUUAAAUUGAAAUGAGGAAAUGGUUAAUAGGGUAUUCUCCAGCCCUGGAAUUGAUUUGGUCUAAGACAUUGGUAUAAAAUUUCACAAUUUUCUGUUACAUCUAAAUUUAGCUUUCUUUUCUUUUACAGUAUGGGUUUACCUUGACGUACAUCGUUGUGACAAUUCUGCAUGCUGAAAGUAGUGUCUGUAUCACCGGCCAACUGAUCAGAUGUUCUAAGCCCAUAAUUUUUAAAUUGCCGUUUCUGAAUUUGUAGACUGGGUUGCACUUGCUAAAAAAUAUUGUCCAAAUUCAAAUUCUAGAUUUUGAAAAAAAAUAUCAAGAAAAAAUACACCACACAAGUGCAUUUUUUAAGUUAAUGGAAAAAAUUUCUUUUUUCUGGAAAAUUUUGCUUUCUGGGCUUAGUACAUUUGAACAGCUUGUUGGUAAAUAUUCUUCAGUUGGUCAUGUGUUUGGUGCUUUGGUGUGGUCUGCUCCUUUGAUUUCUCUACAGUGUUGCUGUUCUUAUGUGUUCCAGGGGAAUUUAGCAGUUGUGCUGACUGGCAGCCGAAUACAACUAAAUUAUUGUCUGUUCUUCUUCCAUUUUUACUUUGCUGUUAAUUGUACCUGGGUUUUUUAUUUUUUUAUUUUUUUUAUUCAAGCAAGUUCAGAAAGAAAGCAAAGUUGGGAGAGUCCAAAUUCUUCCGCCAUGUUACGGGAGAAAGAUCACCAUUGCAGAAUAACAAAUUAAAUCACUUCAUUUUUUAUUUCAGCAGGUGUUUCCUUCUAUCAAAAAUGUAAUAAUUAAUGAACAUCCUAUACUGGUACCAUUUUGUUUUGUUUUUUCCCCAGCUCUAGCUAUAAGAGGAAAAAUCCAGUGCUUCAGUAAAUGUUUUUGUUUAUAGUGGACUUUGCUGAUAAGAUGAUGUUAAAGAGACACCGAUACGCAUAUUUUUUACAACAACAAAAAAAGUAUUGUUAGUAUUGUGCUUUGUCACUGGUAAACCAUUUUGUCAGGCUGUGGUGAAAAACGGCAUCAUUGUGUUGGAAGAUGGUUUUUCAAAAAUCAUUUUCAGCUUAGUCCUCUGUAUCCCAACUCUACUAAUUUUCUCUUACAUUUUUUCAGGGUCAUCAUUGACUGUGCCCUAACAGUGAAGACUUUUUGAGUAGUGUUGUAGAAUAUGUAUAAGUCUCACCACCGUGUGUUACUUACUACCUGUCAAAUGUGCCCUUCAUCGAAUGUUGUAUGUGUACGGAAGUGAAGUUUUUGUCUUUUUCCACAGACACUGAGCGUUUUGUGGACCUUACUGUUUACAUUUUGUUAUUGGUCAUUCAUCAGUUUCUCUUACAGGUCUCUACAUUUUGUUAUUGGUCAUUCAUCAGUUUCUCUUACAGGUCUCCGGCCCACUACUGGAUGGGGUGGGAUAGAGGGAGGUUUGAUUUUGAGCAGCAAAACUGAACUGAUUUGAAAUAAACUUUUUGUGUCUCAUGAAA